AAACCGCCAAACGCCAAAUCGACAAAUCGUGGGGUUCCCCGUCAUCAUUGCUUAUCUUGUAAUAAUCCAUUUAUCAUUUGCUGAAUUGCUGAUUAUAUAUCCUUAAUUUUUUAUAAUUUCUCAAGAACUCUGCAGCUACAGCAUUUAUUUCAUUAAACGCCUUCUAAGUUAAACAUGGGUAAAAAACAAAAAAAGACAUUCAGAGCUUUCCAGCCCGAAUCUGCAUCUAACACCAAGCCAGCAGAGUUCAGUGAUAAGAAUCAGAGUGAGUCAUCUAGUUAUGCUCAUAAUUCACAACCAAAACGUGAUAUAACCCCACCAACACCAAGGAACAGUACUGUUGAAGGAAUUAUUGUCCAAACAAGUCCUGCUGAAGUUGUUCCUAAUGUGUCAGCACAAAUAGUAUCAGAGGAAUUCAAACACAAAUGUGAGCUUCAAGAGGAAGGUACCAUACCAAAUGUAAAUCAAGUUAUUCCUCAAAGACCCUUCAGCUCUACUCCAAGUACAAACAAUGCUUGGGUAACUAAAAAGCUGAAUAUGAGCAAUGCUGCCCCAGAUCGACGUGGACACACUACCCAAGGCUUUGGGCGAGGCCGUGGUCAUGUUCCACCACCAGAUGAUAAUUGUCCAGGACAACAUGUUGCAUGGCCAGCACCACAGAAUGUAGUUUCAAGCAAUAUGGAAGUGGAACAGCUUGGUUCUGGUAAUGUUGUGCCUGUUGGGCCAAACCAAUCUACCUCAAUGAUAUAUGAUAUUAGCCAUCCACAUUCUGAUUCACACACAGGUCUGUCACUGAAUGUUGAGGCAAACGAAUUCGUGCCCAGAAAAGCCAUAAAACAAUCAUUCAAUCCUUCUGACGGUACAUGUAGAAUACAUCCAACAAAUAACACACCUGCUUUGUAUGGCCCUGCUAUUUAUCCUGUGCACCAGGCACAGCCAAUAGAAACCCAAAUCUUUCCUUCAGAAAACAAUGUAAGUAAUACAGAGGACGUGGUGUCACCAGCAGAACCUUCUAGUGGUAAAGAGCAACAAGCUUGGAUUGACAAUGAUGAAGGAACUUACACUAGACCAGUACAUAGUAAUGAUUAUCCCCAUAGUGGAUAUCCAAAACAGGAUAGUAUUAGUCGACCAGUACCUAGUAAUGAUUAUCCCCAUAGUGGAUAUCCAAAACAGGAUAGUAUUAGUCGUGGUGGUAGAGGAGACAGCAAUAGAAGUUAUCAAAAUUCAAGAGGAAACAAUUACAGACCGCCUCGCAAUGGAGAUAGAAGAGAUGACCGCGGACAAAAUCGAGAUUCUAGUAAUAAUAGGACUAGGAACGAUAGAAAGGAAUCUGACAACUAUCAUGAUAGACCCAAAUAUCAGGAUCGUCGACCUAGAAGAGACAGUAAUCGUGAGAGAAAGAAUUGGCAGGAUACCGGAAAUACAGACCAGAACCAAUUACAAGAAUCAUGGGACGACAACCAAGGCACUGAUAAUACUGGGAAUGUUGAUGAUUUGGACAAGUCAUCUGAAUGGAUGCCUGCCAAGAAUCAUUCCAAGGGUUCUAAGAAUCAUGAAAGAGAAAAAACAAGACCCAAAUCAGGAGACAGAAACGACAGCAAAGGAUAUCAUCAAAAUGAUAGAAAGUCACAAAACAGAAGAGAUACACAUUCUAGAGAUGUUUCUAAAGUUGGUAAAUAUGAUGACCGGGACAGUAAUGCCAGUGAUGCUGAACGAACUACACAUAAAAGGGAAAUAACGGUAAAAACGAAUAGAGGGUCAUGGGACUCCAAUGAUAGACGAUCGUUUGACAAGAAAACCUAUGUGGAUCCAAGAUCAGAUCGUGAAAGAAACUCACUGGAUUCCAGUAGACAAACCUACGAUAAAUCUAGUACAGAUGAUGAUUAUUGGAAUAAUUCAUUCAACAGCUCCACUAACGAUAGGGAUAAUAAUUCUUGGAGGAGGUCAGGUGGUUCAGGGAGAUUUGAGAAACCAAACAAAGAUAUUUAUAAUCGUAGUUAUGAGAAAACAGAUGAUGAAUAUAGGCAGUUUGAAGAAGAGUACAGAAAGAAUGAGAGAAGAGAACCUGUCAAGGUGGAGGAGAUAGAAAAGGAUCUGUUUGAAAUGCCAUCGGACUAUUCCUUGGGACACUGUGUAGCUGAAGACAUGAGGAUGGGAAGUGGAAUAGCUGUCAAAUUCAAGAGAGACUUCAAACAGGUAGAAGAACUACUAGGUCAGAGACAGAAACAAGGUGGUCUGGCUUAUCUAGAAGACAACAAGAGAUACGUCUACUACCUCGUCACCAAAAGAACCUCUUCCGGCAAACCCACCUACGAAACGUUCUGGUCCUCCUUGAAGAAGAUGAGGGAUCAUAUCGUCGAAAAGGAAGUCAAGCAGCUGGCCAUACCGAGGAUCGGAUGCGGUCUGGAUAGGUUGGAAUGGUCCAAGGUCAGCUGUAUGCUCGAGUUUCUCUUCAGGAAUGUGGACGUCAAGAUAACAGUUUGCAAUUUCCAGCAGGCGGAAGAUUCCACCCCUCAAAGAGAUAACCUCAACAACAAGCUAGUGAACGAGUAUAAACCUCUUGUCGAAAUAGAAGAAUACACGAUUAUAUUGUACUAUGCCUCAGAAGACGGUCAUAUUUCUGAAGAAAUGGAGACUCUGGCAAAAAAAUUCAACAUCCUGCCCGAAUUCAAAAAAUCACCGAAACAGCUCGGAAAACCCAUAAGGCAUGAAAUAAAAAAUCACAUUUUGUAUGGCUGUGUAGUCAGAAAAAAUGAGAAAGCAUUGUUUGAUUUUUCUGCCUUCGGGAGAUGUCUUUUUGAGGUGAAUAAGAAUAAUAGGAAGGAUCAAUAUGAAUAUGUAGCAUUGCAAGAAUUGGAGGAUAGCAAGGAUGAUUUAUUGAAUGAGAAAAUCAUAACUCUGCUCAGGUUUCAUUUGAAACACGUCAACAUUCAUCUGUGUCGUGCUGGUGGAGACAGUCGAGAAUCAGAUGAAGCCCGGAGGAAUUGAAAAAAAAAAUAAAGUAAGAAAAAUCACACAAGUUCAAUGUACAGGGUGAUCGGUUAAGGGUAGCGAGCGGCCAUAUCUCAUAAGAUAUUGGUCGUAUAGAUUUGAGAAAAAAAAAUCAUGAUAAAAGUCGCCAAGAGAAAUUGCUGGAAAUUAUUUUCGAGUUUGUCAAACGUCCGGUAGAGGGCGUAACAACCAACACCAAGUAGUAAAAUGGGAUUUUUAUAGAAUUUUCUCUCAUGAAAGUAUGUCCAUGAAAUCAUUUUCAUAUUAACUAACCAUUUUCCUACAUUUUUUGUCUAAAACGUUUUGUUCUAUCUAUCAAAAUAAAGCGGUGGGGGAAGUUCAAUUGUUUUUUUAAACCAACCAAAACUUCUCCCGUUUAUUUCGACCGAUUUUAGCAAACUCAGGGUAAUAUGAAAGAGCAUAAUUUGCCCUACAAAACGAUUAUUUGGUUUUGAAUUUUUGACUUUUGCUGUCACCGCUAGAUGGCGUUAACUGAAAUGUUAGCAAAUUUUUAAGUUUUUUAAAUCAAAUGUAAUGGUAUAUACAUUUUCAUAUGUUUUGAAAGAGGAUACAUUUCUCUAAAAUUUAAUGAAAAUAAUUUAUCAUCUACCUUUUUUUGAAUCGUUGAUAUUGCCCAUAAUAUAAUUUUAUUACAUUAAAAACUGGCACGCCACUGUUUUUUAUCAAAAUGAAAAUCAGUUUUGUAAUCUCUUAUUAGUUGCUAACAAAAAUAACCUCCUGACUUUUUUUCGUUAGACAAACGGUUUUGGAUUGAAAAAAUAAAAUAGGUUUACAUACUGGUUCAAAAUUAUUUCAGAUAUGGGCGCCCCAUGUAAACCUAUUUUAUUUUUUCAAUCCAAAACCAUUUUUCUAACGAAAAAAAAUCAAGAGGUUCUUUUUGUUAGCAACUAGUAAGAAAUUGAAAAAUUGAUUUUUAUUUUGAUAAAAAACUGGCGUGCCAUUUUUUUAUGUAAUAGAAUUAUAUUUUGGUCAAUAUCAAGUUCAAAAAAGGUAGAUGAUAAAUUAUCUUCAUUGAAUUAUAGAGAAAUUUAUUCUCUUUCGAAACAUAUAAAAAUUAAUAUACCAUCAAACUGUUUUUUUGAAAAAAACUCAAAAAUUUGCUAACAUUUCAGUUAACGCCAUCUAGCGGCGACAGCAAAAGUCAAAAAUUCAAAACCAAAUGAGCGUUUUGUAGGGCAAAUUAUGCUCUUUCAUAUGAGCCCAAGUUUGCUGAAACCGGUCGGAAUAAACGGGAGAAAUCUUGGUUUGUUUCAAAAACCAAUUGAACUUUCCCCACCGCCUCAUUUUGAUAGAUAGAACAAAACGUUUCAGACAAAAAAUGUAGGGAAGUGGUCAUUCAAUAUUAAAAUGAUAUCAUCGAUAUAUUUUCAUUGAAGAAAAUUCUAUAAAAAUCCCAUUUUUCUACUUAGUGAUGGUUGUUACGCCCUCUAGCGGAGGUUUGACAAACUCGAAAAUAAUUUCCAGCAAUUUCACUUGGCGACUUUUAUCAUUAUUUUUUUUUUCUCAAAUUAUACGACUAAUAUCUCAUGAGAUAUGGCCGCUCGCUACCCUUAACUGAUCAACCUGUACAUAGACCCAUUAGAAAUCUAAUGUCUCUAAAAUUACUACAACCAUCAUCUUUCACAGAAUUUUCACUUCUUUCCAUUUCACGUUCAUUCUUCUGCUAAUAAAUUUCCACUAUUUUAAUACAUCAUUUCCAAUUAUAUAUAAAAAACAAUUACAUUCUACAGGGUACUAAAGAUUAUGUUGUAUCUCUGCAAUGCAUCCUUAUGAGUUAUUAGUAAAUUCCAAAUCAUUUAACGGAAACCCACAAUUUAUACAUUUUUCAAUGUCCAACUUCAGGAUUUCAGAAAUCAACUGCACGGUUCGGCUUUGAGCUCAGUUGUAAUGAAGAAUAAUGAUAUUUUUUAAAUCUUAGUAAAACCUUUUUUUUUUCCUCAGAUUUUUUUUCAAAUCGCGUAUAUGUUGAUAAUUCAAAAAAAUCGUCUUUUCAUCAUUCAAUGAUCAAUGUUGUUUAAAUAUUGUUAAUAUUACAUAAUAUUAAAAUGUAUGUAAAACAUUAUUCAAUUCUUACUUGGUGCCUUGCAUAUCAUCCUUAUGCAGUUAUUUUGCUUGUUUUGAGAAACCUCAUUAUUUGAAGAAGUAUUUGGAUUUUUUGCCAGAUUUUAAUAUUCAGUGUUUUUCUUCCUUAGAUUUGAACUUUUCUAUGUAAUCUGCAGCUUAGGAUUUCAAUUUCAAUGCAACAAUGUACUUUUAUUUUAUUUGGUCUCUUGUGUUAUUUUUCGUUAGUUUGCUUCAUUUUAUUCUUUGAGCUUAUUAUUAUUUAGUGAUUUACUUCCUUCCAUAAAUGAAGACACAAUUGGAUUUAGGGUUCAUGUGUCACUUAGGGAAAAUAUCAUUCAAAGUGUUGUAAGUCCCUUUUUUGGUGUCACAAUGAAGACAAAAUCCCAAUUAGAACAUGUUACACGAUAAAUAUGUUGACAGUUUUGAAAACAACAUUCUACUGUUCUCUGCUUUUUCCAUUUUCAGGAAUUCUUUUUAUAGAAAAUUUUUUCACAUAUUCAAACCAAGUGGUAAAUUUCAGUCAACUUUUUGGUAACCAACUUCGAAUUUGAAAAGAAAAUUUCGAGGAUUUCCAAGAAAUGAAAUAUACUUAUUCUAGUCCCAAAUGUCUACAAAAGAGGCAUAUAUACAUAAUUUGAAUUAUUAGUUUUUGUUGAGUAAAUUCGGCGGACUACCAUCAAUAUUCUUACCCAUAUAAUGGCAGAAGAAUUUUUGAUAUAAUGUUUCAAAGUUGAAAACGUUAUUUCUGGUGUUGAGCUGUCGGGAAUUCGGUCGAAAUGUUGAAGAAAACCAAUUUUUAAAUUGUCGACUUUUCGAAACUAUUGUUUC